CCAUCUCAAAAAAAAAAAAAAAAAAAAAUAGUGGCACACAGUUCUGAGUAGUGUGGUGAAAUCUCACACCACAUUCCUUUGCCCUGCCCUGGAUGUGAAUCAUCCUUUUGUCCAGUGUGUCCAUUCUGUAUACAUUACCUACCUAUUUGACACUUGAUAGUCCUCUCGGUUAUCAGAUUGUUGUGGUAUUGCAAUGCUUGUACAAAUUCAGUUAACCCUUAUUUUAAUUAAUAGUGGCCCCAAAGCACAAGAGUGGUGACUCUGGCAUAUUGUUAUAUUUAUUCUAUUUUAUUAUUACUUAUUGUUAAUCUUGCUGUGCCUAAUUUAUAAAUUAAACUUUAUCAUAGGUGUAUAUAUAGGAGAAAACAUAAUGUAUAUAGGGUUCAGUACCAUCUGUGGUUUCAGGCAUCCAAGGGAGAUCUUGGAAUGUAUUCCCUCAGGAUAAGGGGGGAAUACUGUAUGUAUUUCAGACAAGAUAGACUUUAAGUCAAAAGCUAUAACAAGAGCAAGAGACACGGUCAUUACAUGAAUGUUGAAGAGGUAAAUUCUUUUUUUUUUUUUUCUUUGAGACAGAAUCUCCCUCUUGCCCAGGCUGGAGUGCAGUGGUAUGAUCUCAGCUCACUGCAACCUCUGCCUCCUGGGUUCAAGUGAUUCUCCUGCCUCAGCCUCCUGAAGCUGGGACUACAGGCACGUACCACCACGCCCGGCUAAUUUUUGUAUUUUUAGUAGAGAUGGGUUUUCACCGUGUUGGCCAGGCUGGUCUUGAACUACAGACCUCAAGUGAUCCACCCACCUCAGCCUCCCAAAGUGCUGGGAUUACAGGUGUGAGCCAUUGCGCCUGGCCCAAAGAGGUAAAUUCAUCAAGAUGAUUGGAGCAUCAACAUAUAUAAAGCAAAUAACAGAUUUUUUUUAAAAGUGAAAGCAAGUUUAUUAAGAAAGUAAAGGAACGAAAGAAUGGCAGAACAGCCCUCUUAACAGACUUGAAGAGGGAAAUAGACAGCAAUAGAAUACCCCACUUUCAACAAUGGAUAGAUCAGACAGAAAAUCAAAGAGGAAACAUUGAACUUGAACUGCUCUUCAGACAAUAUGGGCCUAAGAGACAUAUACACAACAUUUAUUCAACAGCAGCAGAAUACACAUGCUUCUCAAGUGCACAUGGAAUGUUCUCCAGUAUAAAUAUGUUUGGUCACAAAACAAGUCUUAACAAAUUUAAGAUUGAAAUCAUAUUGAGUAUCUUUUGACUAUAAUAGUCUGAAAUUAGAAAUCAAUAACAGGAUGAAAACCAGAACAUUCACAAACAUGUGGAAAUUAAAAAGUUUCCUGAACAACUGAUGGGUCAAAGAAUCAAAAAAGAAAAAAAAUCUUGAGACAAGUUAAAGUGGAAACACAGCAUAUCAAAAUUUAUGGGAUGCAGCAAAAGUAGUUCUAAAAGGGAAGUUUAUACCUCCAUUAAGAAAAAAGAAAGAUCUCAAACAAGCUAAUGUUACACCUACAGGAACUAGCCAAAGCCUAAAGUUAGCAGAAAGAAAGAAGUAACAGGCCAGGCACAGUGGCUCACGCCUGUAAUCCCAGCACUUUGGGAAGCCGAGGCAGGUGGAUCACGAGGUCAGGAGUUCGAGACGAGCCUGGCCAACAUAGUGAAACCCUGUCUUUCCUAAAAAUACAAAAAUUAGCUGGGUGUGGUGGCACGCGCCUGUAGUCCCAGCUACUCAGGAGGCUGAGGCGGGAGAAUUGCUUGAAUCCGGGAGGCGGAGGUUGCACUGAGCCGAGACUGUGCCAUUGGACUCCAGCCUGGGUGACAGGGUGAGACUCCAUCUCAAAAAAAAAAAAAAAAAAAAAAAAAAAGAAAAGAAAUAACAAAGAUCAGAGCAGAAAUAAAUGAAAUUUAUAUGCCUUUUCUCCUACAUUAAAAAGAAAGAACUGAUACCAAUACUUCUCAAACUCUUCCAGAAAAUUGAAGAGGAGGGAAUAAUUUCAAAUUCAUUUUACAGGGUCAGCAUUACCCUCAUACCAAAGCCAGAUAAGGACACUACAAGAAAAUUACAUCCCAGUAUCCCUGAUAAACACAGAUGCAAAAUCCUCAACAAAAUACUAGCCAACUGAAUUUGGCUAGUAUAUUUAAUAGAGCCUGUUAAAAGAUUAUACACCAUGAUCAAGUGGGACUUAUCCCUUGGAUGCAAGGAUGGUUCAACACACACAAAUCAGAUGUGAUAAACUGUCUUAACAGAAUGAAGGACAAAGGCCAUAUCAUCUCAAUAGAUGCAGAAAAAGCAUUUAACUACAUUCAACAUUCUUUUGUGAUAAAUACCCUACAAUUUAGAUAUAGAAAGAACUUACUUCAACACAAUAAAGGCCAUAUAUCACAAGCCCAGAACUAACAUUAUUGUCCGUGGUGAAAAACUGAAAGCUUUUCCUCUAAUUUAGGAAGAAGACAAGGAUGCCCACUCACUACUUCUAUUCAACGUAGUGCUGGAAGACUUAGCCAGAGCAAUCAGGCAAGAAAAAGAAAUAUGAGGCAUUCAAAUCAGAAAGGAAGAAAUAAAAUUGUCUUUGUUUGCAGAAGACACUAAAUGAAAUAAGCCAGAGAGAUAAAUAAUGCAUGAUCUCACUUACCAGUGGAAUCUAGAAAAAGUUAAACUCACAGAAACACAGUAGAAUCAUGGUUACCCAGGCUAGGAGGUCAGGGAAGAAGGAAGAUAAUGGUCAAAGGGUACAAACCUUCAGCUAUAAGAUGAAUAAGCACCGAGACCUGAUGUACAGCAUGGUAACUAUAGUUAAUAAUAAUGCAUACCUGAAAUUUGCUAAGAGAGUAGAUCUCAAGUGUUCUCACCACACACACAAGUAACUAUGUGAGGUAAUGGAUACGUUUAUUAGCCUAAUUGUAAUCAUUUCACAAUGUAUACAUAUAUUAAAAUAUCAUAUUGUAUAUUCUAAAUAUAUAUAAUUUUUAUUUGUCAACCAUACCUCAAUAAAGCUGGAAAAAAGAUAUAUAUAUGUAUACGUAAAAAGUAACACAUACUGCUUUCUUCAGAGAUUCUGAUAUACCUCCCACUUUUGCCUUCCUGUAGGAGGACUUAAAAGACUUCCUGAACUGUGUCUUUUCUUAUCAUUACUGAGAUUUUGAGGCACUGCUAUUGAUAGAGGUAUAUCUUAGACCUUAAGUUUUUGUUUGGGAAAAAAAAUGUGGACAAUCAAUUUUCUAGCUCAACUCCCCUUAAUUAUAUUUGAUACUACUUGUCUUGUUAUAAUGUGAGCCUGUAUUACUCCUCACUUCCUCUGUUCUGAUAACCUCCUAGGCAGUCUGCUUGCCAAUGGCUUUUUUAGUUCUAAUUCAGCUUACAUGUUAACCCCAAAGUAAUGUUUGUGAAACAAAGCUCUGCUCAUGUUUUUUACUCUCCUAUUAAUUGCCUUUAAUAAUUCUUCUUUGCUUAUAAAGUCCAAAAUAUAAUUUCAUCUUCAACUCAGUUUUCCCAUUGACUCACAAUGUGCUUUAGCAAACGUAAGAACUGCUAGUUGUUUUUCUUUGUUUCUUUCUGUUUUUUUUUUUUUUUUUUUUUUAAGACAGAGUCUCACUCUGUCGCCCAGGCUGGAGGGCAGUGGCGCGAUCUCGGCUCACUGCAAGCUCUGCCUCCCGGCUUCACACCGGCUUCUGCCUCAGCCUCCCGAGUAGCUGGGACUACAGGGGCAUGCCACCACGCCUGGCUAAUUUUUUGUAUUUUUAGUAGAGACAGGGUUUCACCAUGUUAGCCAGGAUGAUCUCGAUCUCCUGACCUCAUGAUCCCUCUGCCUUGGCGUCCCCAGUACUGGGAUUACAGGCGUGAGCCACUGCGCCCAGCCCCACUAGUUGUUUUUCAUAUGCCACAAGUAUUGAGUGCUUGCUAAAUUAAAAUUUCUUCUGCCUAGAAUACUUUCCCUUUUAUACCUGCCUGUUGAGGUCCUUCCCAUUGUGUAAUGCUCGCCCAAAUACUACUUCAUGAAAUGUUUACCUAUCCUUCCAAUCUGAAAGGUGAUCUGUUUAUUUGAGGGGGCAAGGGGUGGGGAGUGUUGCUGUUGAAAUUCUCUUCCUCACUUGUUUUAAGCUCUUUGAAUAUAAAGACCAUGUCUUCAUUUUUAUGUACUUACAGUACUUCCCAUACACCUUCCUAGAUAGUACAUGCUCAUGAAGUACUUGUGGAAUUAACAGUGAUUUCAGUGAGGAGGGACUAGAAGUGGAUGGAGUUUUGCUCUUGUCACCCAGGCUGGAGUGCAAUGGCACGAUCUCGGCUCACUGCAAUCUCCACCUCCCAGGUUCAAGUGAUUCUCCUGCCUCAGCCUCCCAAGUAGCUGGGACUACAGGUUUUGGAAUCAGGAUGAUACUGGCUUCAGAGAGUGAGUUAGCGAUGAGUCCUUCCUCCUCAAAUUUUUGGAACAGUUUCAGUAGGAAUAGUUCAGCAGGAACCUCUUCUUUAUACAUCCGGUAGAAUUUGGCUGUGAAUCCACCUGGUCCUGGGCCUUUUCUGGUUUGUUCAGGUAACUUGCAUUGGCCAACAGAAUCAGAGCAAAUACAACGUACACCUUAUCUGAAUAAAGGAUGCUACUACAUGGUUCAGCUUACAAGGAGCUAUUCUGUGAUCUCAGCUUCCAGAAUGAGAAAACACUUGGAGAGGAGCCAAGCAGAGUUGCAAUCAACUCCAAGGUGGCCCUAAGCACAAGUGUAAUGUGAGUGAGAAAUACAUGUUUGUUGUUGUAAGCCACUUGGAUUUUGGGGUUGUUGGUGAUACAGUGUAAUCCAGUUAUAAUGUGACUUAUUCCAGGGAGAGAGCUAUAGUUUUAGGAAUAUGGUUUGCUUUCUAAUUAUGAGCUUAGAUUGUAAAGACUCUGAGAAUCAACGAUUGUUAUUUCAGGGAAUAUGUGUGCAUGUAUACCUGUCUACGUGCACGUGCUGGUUAGGUCCAAUCAUUAAUUUGUGGAGAAUUUAAAAUUCCCUUAUCCUUCCCUUAUGCUUUGUCAUUCCCCUUUCCCUUUUCUUACUAAAUAAUUUGAUUCUAAAUAAAGCAGUAGCAAGAUAGGUGUCUAUGGUGAGGUGGCUGGGAGAGCAGCAGUGGCCUGGCACAGGGGGAGAGCUUUAGCAGGGUGAGAAGGGUGACUAUGCAGGGUAUUGGCUUGACAGUGGUUCUGGAGCCCAAGCAGAGUGAGAAGAACAUCCCUUAGGGGUGGGAAAGUGUCCUGGCAUGGGGAACCAGAGCGAGGAGAUGUCCACUCCUGGCCAUGGCCCAGUGCAGGGUGUCAGAGGAUAAGAUUGAGGAGGGUGUCCAUAGUAGGGGUAGCCUGAUGUGAGAGGUCAGAGUCUGAGAGGUAAAGAAGGCAUCUAUGUGGUGGGAUAGUCAGGUGCAGUGAGUUGGAGUGCAAGCAGGGUGAGGAGGGCAUCCAUGUAUGAGGUUACCUUCUAUAGGGAGUCAGAGUCGCAAAUGGCUGAGCAGAGUACUCUAGGGCCAGCCUGGUAUGUAUGUCAGCAUGUGGGAGAGGUGAGGAGGGCACCCAUGCCUAGUGUUGGCCCAGUUGGGGUUGGGACUCAGCACUUAAGCAGGAUGAGGAGAGAGAGCAUCCUUGCAGAGGGUAGACCUGGUGUGGGUUUCAGAGACCAAGCAUGAUAAGGAGGGUGUCCAUGUGGUGGGGUAGCCCAGUGAGGGAGCUCAGAUCCUAAGUAGGGUAAGAUGGACAUUAUUGCUGGGGGAUGGAGGACCUGCAUGGAGUGUCAGAGCCCAAGCAGGAUGAAGAAAGCUUCUAUGCAGAGGGUGGACUUGGUGUGGGUUUCAGAAACUUAGCAGGAUAAGGAGGUGGUCCAUGUGGUAGGAUAGCCCAGUGAGGAAAUCAGACCCCUCCAGGGUGAGGAGGGCUUCCACCCAUAGGGUGACCUUGUGUGGAGCAUUAGAACCUAAGGGGGUCUAAGUGGUGACUAGGGGACCAGCAUCAGGAAUCAGAGUGCAAGCAGAGUGAGGAGGGCUUUCCUGCAGAGGAAUGGCCUAGCACAGGGAGUCAGAGCCUUGGCAGGGUGAGGGGGAUGUUUGUUGGGGGAUGUUCAUGGGGGUGGGGAGUGGGCUGGCCCUUUGCCGGCACUCUCAGAGUGAGGAGGGAGGGCAUCCGCGCAGGGGAUGGUGGCUUGGACUGGGGAGUCAGAGCCCAACUAGGAAGAGAGGGACAUCUUAGCAGGUGGGAGAUUGACGACAUCCAGGAGAUUGAUCAAAUAAGGAAUAAGUGAAAGACAAUGAAAGCAGGUUUCUUACUGUCACAGAAAGGAGUUAGGAAUGUGGGAAGGGAGAAAACUAGAAUGAAACCCGUGGUGUUAGAUUGGAAUUAGAGGAAUUAGUGUGAACUCAUGGUGUUCAAUAUAUUUAGAUAUAGAAAUAAUAUAGAAAUAUAGACGUGUGUGUUUGUGUGUGUGUGCAUGCAUGUAUGCAUGUGUGUUAUGCAGGAGAAGGAAUCAGCUGGGGGAGAUUAAAAGGAGGAUCAUUUGCGGAGAGUUGAGGGCAGAGAAUCCAGGUGUGAGCUGGGAGCAUGUCUAUGGAGAGAUUCCACAUGAAGGAUUUAAUAUUUGGAGUGUUUUCUUCUAGGCCUUUGGAAAAAGUCAUAUUUAGUACUUUGUUUAAGUUUAUCCCCUUCUAUACUGUGAUUCUAUAUAAUUCUCCUAACUGUUAAAAAAUAGUCAUAUAUAUUGGAGGUGGUGUGGGGAUUAAAAGGUUAGGGAAGCGUGGAAUAAAGGCUGGCCUUCCCUCUCCUCCAACAUCCAGUAAAGGGAGCUGCUUUCUGGAGAUUCUAGCAAGAUGAAUGCAGACUUUUGAUAGAGUUAGUUACCAACAAGGAAACACAGAGAGCAUGGAGGAACAGCUUCAGAAGACAUGGGGUUUAAACUUUACCAUCCCCACCAUGCUAGAGGAAACUGAUUCUUGAAGGUGGGGAAGCUGAUAUGUGAGUUUUGUGUCAAUGAUACUCUUAGAAUGUGGUACUAACAAGUUGCCUGAUCAGACAAAAGUGAUGAGAUGAAUGCAACAUAAGUCUUUGUUCAGGUUGUUUGGUCAAAAGUAAUUACAUUUGUGUGUGGAAGCACAGAAAUUGUAUUUUUUACUGGUGAAAAACGCAGUUCUCCAGAAAGACUCUAAUUGCUUGGUUCUUCUUUUAUUUUUCUUCCUCUUUCCACAACCCUUUGAGUUCCCACUUUUAUUGCAUUUGCUUGCAUUUGUUUCAAGGCUGUGAUUCUCACUAUACUGGUCCUGAAGAAAGGGCUUCUGUGAACUGCGGUUUUUAGUUUUUAUUGUGGUUCUUAGUUCUCAUGAGACCCCUCUUGAGGAUAUGUGCCUAUCUGGUGCCUCUGCUCUCCACUAGUUGAGUGAAAGGAAGGAGGUAAUUUACCACCAUGUUUGGUUCCUGUUUAUAAGAUGUUUUAAGAAAGAUUUGAAACAGAUUUUCUGAAGAAAGCAGAAGGUCUCUUCCCAUUAUGACUUCGGAAAUCACUUAUGCUGAAGUGAGGUUCAAAAAUGAAUUCAAGUCCUCAGGCAUCAACACAGCCUCUUCUGCAGCUUCCAAGGAGAGGACUGCCCCUCACAAAAGUAAUGCCGGGUUCCCCAAGCUGCCUUGUGCCUCACUGUUGAUAUUUUUCCUGCUAUUGGCAAUCUCAUUCUUUAUUGCUUUUGUCAUUUUCUUUCAAAAAUAUUCUCAGCUUCUUGAAAAAAAGACUACAAAAGAGCUGGUUCAUACAACAUUGGAGUGUGUGAAAAAAAAUAUGCCCGUGGAAGAGACAGCCUGGAGCUGUUGCCCAAAGAAUUGGAAGUCAUUUAGUUCCAACUGCUACUUUAUUUCUACUGAAUCAGCAUCUUGGCAAGACAGUGAGAAGGACUGUGCUAGAAUGGAGGCUCACCUGCUGGUGAUAAACACUCAAGAAGAGCAGGAUUUCAUCUUCCAGAAUCUGCAAGAAGAAUCUGCUUAUUUUGUGGGGCUCUCGGAUCCAGAAGGUCAGCGACAUUGGCAAUGGGUUGAUCAGACACCAUACAAUGAAAGUUCCACGGUCUUACUCUGUCAACCAGGCUGGAGUGCAGUGGUGCAAUCAUGGCUCACUGCAGCCUUGAAUUCCUGGGCUCAACUGAUCCUCCCACCCAAGUCUUCUGAGUUGCUAGGAUGACAAGUGUGUGCCACCACACCCAGUCAGGCUGAAGAUGCUUCUUAUGAAGCAAAAAUGCUAAAUUCUGAUAAUCUUAUAUCUCAUAUUUAUGUAAUUCUUUAAUUGCAUAAAUUACAUACUUUACAUAUAUUACAUAAAUUACAUAAAAUACAUACUUUACUGGAUUACCACCUUCGAUCUUCAUAUCCACUGUAUGAAAUAAAUAGUGAUAUUACUCUAGUCCUUAUUUUUUAGAUAGAAAAACUGAGAAUCAGGGAAGUUAAAUUACUUGUCCAAUAACAAGGAUAAGUAGAAGAUUCAAAAGAUUUUACUAGUUCUCUAGACUUUAAAAACAGUGCAUUAAAAAAAGGAAAAAACUCUGUUGAUAAGUGGGACCAGGGUAAAACCUUUUCAUCAUACAAGGACACCCUAUAGGUUGAUGGACCCAUAGGAACAGGACAUAAGGAUGGACAAAUAGAAGAGAACCUCUAGAAAAUCUAUGGUGAGGAUAUUCAAAGCAGUAAGGUAGAGAACAUUGAGUGACAUAGGCACAGUUUUCAAAGGAAAUGCCGGAAAUGCAGAUGGAGGAGAGGCUGCAUGAUGAGUAGCAGAAAGGUGGAUUUGGGCAUAUCUGACCCUAUGUUCCAUGAAAUUCAUCCCUCGCUCCUCACCCCCAUCUCUAACCCUUUUCAAAGCUCUGUUUGAAGAAAUGCCCUCAUCCUUUUUGUCGCUUUCAGAUUCUGGCAUCCACGUGAGCCCAGUGAUCCCAAUGAGCGCUGCGUUGUGCUAAAUUUUCGUAAAUCACCCAAAAGAUGGGGCUGGAAUGAUGUUAAUUGUCUUGGUCCUCAAAGGUCAGUUUGUGAGAUGAUGAAGAUCCACUUAUGAACUGAACAUUCUCCAUGAACAGGUGGUGGGAUUGGUAUCUGUCAUUGUAGGGAUAGAUAAUAAGCUCUUCUUAUUUAUGUGUAAGGGAGGUCCAUAGAAUUUAGGUGGUCUGUCAACUAUUCUACUUAUGAGAGAAUUGGUCUGUACAUUGACUGAUUCACUUUUUCAUAAAGUGAGCAUUUAUUGAGCAUUUUUUCAUGUGCCAGAGCCUGUACUGGAGACCCCCAUUGUGCACACAUGGAGAGAACAUGAGUCUCUCUUAAUUUUUGUCUGGUUGCUAAAGAAUUAUUUACCAAUAAAAUUAUAUGAUGUGGUGUC